CUGCUCUGAAUGCUCGCUCUUUCCACAGCACGUUGUCUGUGCGGCCUCGACUUCCUUUUCUGUGCAGAUUUCAUGGCGAGUGAUAGCGGGGAAGAGUUGAUUCACCUACCGUGACCAUACUGACCCGUACAUCAAGCUCCAGAGACGCUUUUUUCGGCUGCCAUUGUGAAGUCCGUGACGUCAGCGGAGGAGUUGAUUGGCUUUGACGUCAUCAGGUGUUUUAAGGAUUUGGGCGGUUUCUGGACUGAGCUCUGUGCUGUGCCCGGUCUUUCGUCGUGUUGUGGCCGUAGCUGGUCUUACUGAAGAACUGCCAGUCGAUGGCUCUGAUGGACAAACACAAAGUGAAGCGGCAGAGACUGGACCGCAUCUGUGAAGGCAUUCGACCACCCAUCCUAAAUGGCCCCAUGCACCCUCGUCCUCUGGUGGCACUGCUGGAUGGGCGGGACUGUACGGUGGAGAUGCCCAUCCUGAAGGACGUGGCCACUGUGGCCUUCUGUGAUGCCCAGUCCACCCAGGAGAUCCACGAGAAGGUCCUAAAUGAGGCUGUUGCUGCCUUGCUUUACCACACCAUCACGCUCUCGCGAGACGAUCUGGACAAGUUCAAAGGUCUUCGGGUUAUUGUGAGGAUUGGCAGUGGAUUUGACAAUGUUGACAUAAAAGCUGCAGCAGAGCUGGGUAUAGCAGUGUGUAACGUGCCAGCCGCAUCUGUGGAGGAGACGGCAGACACCGCCAUGUGUCUAAUUCUGAAUCUGUACCGCCGCGUUACCUGGAUGCAUCAGGCUCUGCGCGAGGGCACCCGUGCCUCAAGUGUGGAGCAGAUCCGGGAGGUGGCUGGAGGUGCAGCACGUAUUCGAGGCGAGACGCUUGGCAUUAUUGGACUGGGACGUGUUGGCCAAGCAGUUGCUCUGAGGGCAAAGGCCUUUGGUUUUGGAGUGAUUUUCUAUGACCCGUACCUGCCAGAUGGGGUGGAGCGAUCACUAGGGCUCCAGCGCAUGGCGACACUACAGGACCUGCUCAUCCAUUCAGACUGUGUGUCGCUACACUGCAGCCUAAACGAGCACAACCACCACCUCAUCAACGACUUCACCAUCAAACAGAUGCGCCAGGGCGCCUUCCUGGUGAACACAGCGCGUGGUGGUCUGGUGGAUGAGAAAGCUCUGGCCCAGGCUCUGAAAGAAGGCAGAAUACGGGGAGCAGCUCUGGACGUCCAUGAGACAGAGCCCUUCAGUUUCUCUCAGGGCCCGUUGAAGGAUGCUCCAAAUCUUAUCUGUACCCCACACACAUCCUGGUACAGCGAACAGGCCUCCAUUGAGGCCAGAGAGGAGGCGGCACGGGAGGUGCGCAGAGCCAUCACAGGUCGUAUCCCAGACAGUCUGAAGAACUGCGUGAAUAAGGAGUAUUUGAUGGCAGCCUCUCAGUGGCCGUCUAUGGAGGCCACCACCGUGCACUCUGAACUGAAUGGAGCUGCAGCCUACAGGUUCCCUGCUGGGCUGAUUGGCGUAGCGGCGGGCGGGCUGCCUGGAGCCGGGGCAGGAGUGGAGGGCAUAGUGGCUGGAUCCCUGCCCCUGGCCCACGGCAUCGCCCCGGUCUCACACCCGCCUCAUACCCCAUCGCCCGGGCAACCCUCGAAGGCCGAGGCGGACAGAGACAUCCCUUCCGACCAAUAGCAUCCCAGCACAUUCCAUCUUUUGCCCUGAUCGAUGCCCUUUCACCUCACCCGGGGGGGGACUGACACCCCAGCUUUCGACGUGACCUCGGGUCACCCCAGUCCAACAGAGCACGUGUACAAACCCAGGAGUGAAACCCCGAACGUCCCCCUCAUUUCCACUCGCUGUCUCCUCUGUUGUUCACUUUGGCAGAAAGCAAUAACUUCUCUCAAGGAUUCAAUAAUUGGGUUGAUACACACACUAUUUCUAAGCUACGAAAUCCCUUCGCUUCGGACUAGUUGGAGUUUGUUUUCCCAGUAGUGUUUCUUACGUUUCUGUUCUUUUCGUAUGUUUUAACAGCGUGGAAAUAAACGCAUGGACCUUGUUUUCUUUCCCUCGUCCCCUAGCAUACACCUUCUCAACCUGUCCCAUCUUAGCAACGUUUGAUCAUCAAAACAAAACGUCUUCGAUUAAAUCCAUCGGCGAUUAUUUCGCAGCUGGCGUUCAAUAACGGAGAUCAAGGCUAUGGCCCGUGGCUAAGAGUAACAGUCCGUGGAAAGAGCUCAGAUGUUUCGCGUUCCUCUCGCUCUCUCUUCAUGUGGAAGGCAUCUUCUAGAAUUGUCCAUCCUCUCUCUUUCUCUCUCAAGAGCGAGAGCUUCACCCCCAGAGCCGUCUGGGGUUUGAUCACGCGCUCGACUUUAAGUCACAAGCGUCUAAAGCCUGAGGUCUGUCAAUGAAAACGCAUAUGUGAGAUUCCAUCGCCUUGCGAUGGCCGACUUUGCUUAGCGAGAGCCAUAUUCAUAUAACAUCGCUGAUUUAACGACAUAUCUUUGAUUUUUACAAUGUGUGCGUGCAACGUUGACCUCCGCCUGACUCAUACUGAGAUCCACCGUAGCUAAGCUGAUAACAUUGGCACCUUUUUUUUGUUUUGUUUUGUUUUUUUUAAUCCCCGUAGCCAUUCAUAGCCUUGUUUUCCAUAUCUCCUCUCUGUCCUGGAUUAUCUCUUGCUGUAUUUCCUCCUCGUGCCUCCUUUUUUCCAAUUAGGCCUUCUCUUUGCUCGUCCACCAUCAGUUCCCAUGAACUCACUGUGUAGCGCGUCUGCUCCGCCCCGCCCUUCCUCCUUCCCACAAGGCACUUAAACUCUUAACACACUCACAGACACAUUUUCACACAGGCCUGAGGAGCUUCGUCCACCUAUUUUGUGAGGAAGGUCCCGGUUUAGGCGAGCUGUGCUCUGGAGGCUGCAGUAGCGCUGGAGGCCAGCAGGUGGCGACGACUCGCCGUCCCCCCUCAGGCUGAUUAAUUCAUCCCCGCUCAGUGAAGGUCCUGCCGCUCAUCGUCGAGACGCUUCCAGAUGCUCAGGAUGGGCGAUGUGGCGGCUCCGAGUUAAAGCAGGCCGCUCCCUGAGCUUGACAUUUUCAUGCGCGUCUUCUAUGAUAUCAGCCUUGGUUUUCUCAGCGUUGUAGAGCACAGAAGAUAAGGUGGAAAGAAUGUAAAAGCUAGGUCACUGGAACGCUGGUUGCUUUCCAAAGACGGUAGCGGGAUAGCGGUCUGAAGAGAAAGGCCUUUCUAGUACCUCAGUAACAGAUAUUGAAUGUAUGCUCAAAUCUUUCUCGCUUUGUACAGCUUUUUUUAGAUCGUAGGUUCCUUUUCUGAGGGGGUGUGUAUGCGUCUGCAUGUAUGUGACCGUGUGUGACUGCUUAUCCAGUACAUCAGUGACAAAAAGCUGUUUUUUUUUUGUUGUUUUUUUCUUUUUCUGAGCAUAGGAUGUCUAUUAUUGUUUCAUUAGAUGUAGUUUGAAUCUCAGGCUUUAGCUUUAGGACGUUCUUGAUCUGUGAUUUUUGUAUUUUCUGUAUAAAGGAGCACAGUUUCACGUCUUCGUCGAGAUGCUAAAUGAAUGGAGGAGUCACGUGAUGGUCCUCACAGAUUCACGCAUGAUAAUGAGAUCAGGCCCCUCCCCCUGGCUUCCCCAUUGGCCACGUUUUGAUGUUGAGUUUUGAGUGACGUGCAGCUUUUCCUAGACUGAAGUGAUGCCCUUUAUUCUCGUCAAGACUUUAUAGCUGCUCUGUAAAGUUUCUCCGUACUACUUUUGGAGUUUCCUCUAGCAUUAUCGUGGUGUUUCUUUGCCGUCAGCAUCAUCCAGCUUCGAUAUGAGAUGUGCACUAUGUGUUCAAACCGAGAAGUGAGACGUUUUGAUCUAGUUUGUGUCAUUCAGUGUUCAACAUGUUGUAUUGAAACAUUUCAAGAUCGAUUCUUUCGCCCUCAGCAUCCCGUCGCCCUGCGGUCCCCUCGCUGCCUUAACGUCGUAGAUUGUGGUGAAAGUUUUUCCUCGACAAAACCCCACCCGCAAACACACAUGCAAGAGAGAGGAGGCUGUUUUCUUUAGCCAUAUAUGUUGCUCUUGAUGCAUAUUUCUUAGCUUCGAGGUGUGAAAUGCUCUCGGGCACUGCGAAAGACCCUUUUUAGGAGCCGCCGGUGUGGUUCGAUCUAGCGUGGAGAGGACAGAUAUGGACUCGCAGCAGUCGGUUUCUCUCUCAGGGUUUUAAUACACACAUAUCCUACAGCCGCCAGUUACACUCUUCCUCCAUCCCGGUGAAGAUCAUGUUGUAGAUCUCCAGAGCUCUCUUUCAACAGUGAGUGUCCUUCUGUGAUAUUUUUUGUUCCUUUCUAUCGCUCUCUUCUCCUUUCGUUUUUGUCGCACUGACACCUAACAACAGAAGAAUGAAUGUUUUAAUAGAACUGCGUGUAACGUUGAAGUUGGGAAAUGUAUUUUUACAACAUGUGAACUUUUUAUUCCUUUCUCUUACCUUCUUUUUGUUGUGAUUUGAUUUUUCUUUUUUUCUCCCCAUCACCAGACUGCAAAAAAGUAAAAACCACAAAAAAAAGAAAAAGAAAAAAAAAAAAUCCUGUAACUAGGCUCUUAAGCUUUACUUUUGUUUUUGUUUACUUUUUUAUUAGAAAACAAUCAUGUUUGUGAUGGUAACCUCUGAUGGUAAAUUCCACAAGGUAUUUUAAUAAAAUCCUAAAGAUUAAAA